ACCUUUAACACAUUCAUCCUCUUGGGAUCCCAAUCUCGUUGCUCAUCCACACCCAACAAUCUCAACCAUUUUCCCAAGCCACCAUGGAUAGAGAACAAGAAGAGAUGCAAUUUCUUGGGUUCUUUGGUGUGUACAAAGAAUCCUCCAAGAUCAUACUCUCAUGGAGGAGAAUCUUCUCCCAAAUCACCUUAACUCUAAUCCUCCCUCUCUCCUUCAUCUUCCUUAUCCACAUAGAGGUCUCCAACCUCCUAUUCAGAAAGAUUCUCUACAACUCAAUAGUGAUGGAUGAAACAAAUCCAAACACACCCCAAUACAACAAGCUCUCCGACAUGGUCUCUUCUGAAUGGAUCACCCUUGUGCUCUUCAAAAUCGCUUACUUUACUUUGUUUCUCAUAUUCUCCCUCCUCUCUACCUCAGCAGUGGUCUACACCAUAGCUUCAAUUUACACAUCAAAAGAUGUUACAUUCAAGAGGGUCAUGAGUGUUGUCCCCAAGGUGUGGAAGAGGCUCAUGUUGACCUUUUUAUGUGCCUUUGCUGCUUUUUUUGCCUACAAUUUUGUGACCAUGAUUGUUGUAUUCAUAUGGGCAAUUACAAUUGGGGUAAAUAGAGGUGGGUUAUGGGUUUUGGUGUUGAUAGGGGUGUUAUACUUCAUUGGGUUUGUGUACCUCACUAUGGUGUGGCAACUAGCAAGUGUUGUGACCGUGUUGGAGGACUCAUGGGGGAUUAGGGCCAUGGUGAAGGGCAAGGAGUUGAUAAAGGGGAAGAUGGUUUUGACCGUGUUCAUAUUUUUGACUCUUGUGGUUUCUUUUGUUUUGAUAAGGGUUUUGUUUAAGGCCACGGUGGUGGAUGGGUGGAGUGUGGGUUCUGUGGACAGAACAGCAUAUGGGAUCCUUUGUUUGUUGCUCUUGUCUUGUUUGUUCCUAUUUGGGCUUCUUCUUCAAACUGUGCUCUACUUUGUUUGCAAGUCCUAUCACCAUGAGAACAUUGACAAAUCGGCUUUGGCAGAUCACCUUGAAGUGUAUCGAGGAGAGUAUGUGCCUUUGAAAUCCAAGGAUGUUCAGCUAGAGCAAUACCAAGUUUGAAGCAUAUUUUAAAUUAAGCCACAAAAAUUAUGUACAGUACAUAGGUAUUGUUUAUGUUAUUUUCUAUUUAAAGUUGGAGUUUUAUUUCAAUAAUAUAUAUUGAUGUUUAACAAAAUCGUUUAUUAAGUAUAUUUUUAUGUGUGUAGAACUCCAAUUUUAAUCAGGAACAACAUUAACAAUAUCUAUCAGACUGUAUAUAAGUUUUACCCUGAAUUAAAUUAUCACGUGUCUAGAUUGAUGAUGUUGUUGUACCUGCUAUGGUUAAUUUCUUGAUUUCAUGAGAAAUAUCAUUUGCGUGUGAAAUUAAGGCAGGUAUGAAGUGAAUAUUCUGAGUACUAUCUAUAUGAUUUAUUGAUUGUGUAUUUAAUUUACUGCUUAAAAAUAGGACUGCCAUGUCAUGUGGCUUCUUUUGUAAAGGUACUAAUUGAUGUAUGAGAUGAGUUUUGUUCUUAUCA